AUGGCCUCCGCAACGCCGCUGAAGGUAAUGGUGAUAGGCGCAGGAUCUACCGGGUUGCUCCUGGCACAGGGCCUGAAACAGGGCGGCAUCCCAUGCACCGUCUAUGAGCGGGAGGACCACACCACCUAUCAGAACCGCGCUCGAGAGUGGGGGAUGACCUUGCACUGGGGAGCUGAGUAUCUGUCCAAAUUCCUUCCGCCGGACAUGGUGGCCCGGAUCGACGAGAACAUCUGCUGUGACCCGUUCUUCAAGGGCAAAAUCACGUCGCUGCCCAUCUACAAUGGCGCGACGGGCGAGAAGCUCUUUGAGAUGCAGGGCAUCGACCCCAGGCGAGUGUCCCGAAAGAAGCUGAGGAAGUUCCUGAGCCAGGGGAUCGAUGUCCAGUAUGGUAAGAGGUUGGCGUCUGUGACAGUUGACUCGGGUAAGGAGGAGUGCGUGACAGCCGUCUUCGAAGACGGAACCAGCGCAUCUGGUUCUCUCCUAGUGGGUUGCGACGGAGCGCAUUCGACGGUGCGCAAGUUCCUCGUCGGCGAAGAGCUGGCCAAGGAGGAAUACAUGGACAUUCAAAUGUUCAACAUCAGCUGCACCUUCCCCAAGGAAACGGCCGAGUACUUGCGGUCCAUCCACCCGAUCUUCAAGCACAGCUAUCACCCGGACAACUUCACGUGGUGGAACUCGAUCCAGGACGUCACCGACCCGGACAAGCCCGAGACGUGGCUCUUCCAGAACCUGCUGUCCUGGCCCGGCAGCCCCAGACCAGAAGAUCUCCCGGACCAGGCGUCGCGGCUGAAGUUCUGGCGCGACCGGGUGUCCCAGUACGCCGAACCGUGGGCCACGAUCGGCAAGCAACUGCCCGAGGACCUGGUCUUCCCCACGGACCGGACCGUCGUGUGGAAGCCCGACAUGGACUGGUCGCAGUCGCCGCUGUGGCCGAGCGUGACGCUCGCGGGGGACGCGGCGCACGCGAUCCCGCCGUUCCGCGGCCAGGGACUGAACAACGCGCUCGAGGACGCGGCGAAACUGGUCGACGAGCUCGGCGGGUUGUGCGCUGGCGAGAAGAAGGCGUCGUUGACCGAGGCCGUGGCCGCCUACGAGGCCGAGAUGAAGGAGCGCGCUCUGCUGGAGAUGAAGGUCUCCAUCCUCCAGGCUGAGACCGUGCACAAUUGGGACAGGCUGAUGGAGGCGCCCUUCAUCAAGCACGGCAUGAACAAGUACAAGGGGGAACAGGGGAUGAAGUAG